GAAGGGACAAUAUAUCAAUACGGACCAAGACUAGAACUCUUUACAUCCUACGUAAGCGUAAAUGUGUGGGUUUUUUGCAUCACAUACGACAACUGACGAUGUACAUCGGGUAUUUCCGUUAUGAUUUUCAUUGGUUGUUUGACAUCAGACCAUGUUCAUGUAUUAAGCAAAACAGGUGUGUUUUUUCUUACAAAAUGCAAUAUAACUGCCGAGUUUGCAAAAUACAGUGCAGGAAAGUGAUGAUGAAAAAGAUCACUGUAUUUAUCCGCAUUUCGCCCAGCUCAAUUUAGUAGAACGCCAUUUGACAUUUGUGCUUGCAAACGCAAAUUAGAACACAACGGAUGUAUAUUUCUCAAAAUCAGCAAUGGCUUCAAAGGAGAAUCCCGUUGACUCCUCGGCUGUCAGUGGUUGUAGGGCGAAGCUACAAGAAUCCAGUCUAGGCGAACAAAUCCAGAAAAACACUGACAGUGCGAGAAAAGCUACAUCUCUAAAAAACACAGGCCGAUCGAAAAGAUUUGUAGAAUCAUCAACUUCUCUAGUCGGGUAUUCAUCUUCAAACACAAGAAGGUAUUUAUCGAUGCAUGAUUCAACGGUCUUUCAAGAACCUCAGUGCCUUAUACGCACAAAUGCAGAAGAUAAACUAGAAAUAUGUGACAACGUGUUAGCGGAGAUUUCCUGCAUAGACAAACCAUGUGUCAUUGUGGCUGUUGCCGGUCCUUAUAAAACUGGAAAGUCUUAUUUGAUGAAUCUACUUGCAGGCAAAAGAGGGUUUGCACUUGGCGAUACAGUACAGUUAAUGACGAAAGGCAUCUGGGUCAGGUGUGUAGCUCAUCCCGUGCAAAACGACACGGUUGUCAUUCUUUUGGAUACGGAGGGAUUGGGAGAUCCCGAAAAGGAGGAUUCUACCCACGACCACCGCAUUUUCACCCUCGCUACACUGCUGUGCAGUACCCUCGUGUACAACAUGAAAGGAGCGUUUGACCAGGAGGCCGUCAACAAACUCACAUUUGUGUCUCAAAUGUCCCAAAACAUCCGUUUUGGGGAAAGAUGUGAUGAAAAGAAUACUCUGUUGCAAUGUGUUCUACCCGGGUUUGUGCUCGCUUUGAGAGACUUUUCGCUAAAAUUGAUCAAAGAUGGUAGAAAUGUUAAACCGGACGAAUACCUUGAAGAAUUCCUGGAAAGUAAAAGGGGAAAAGGUGGUAAUUUGAACAAGCAGCUUGAUUGCAUCCGGGACUUCUUUCCGCAGGACAAACGGAAAUGUUUUUUGUUCCCCGUUCCAGGAGACGGUGAAAUUUUGGAAAACCUCGAUAGCCUUGAAUUUCAAGAUCUUUCACAAAAAUUUAAGGACGUUGUCACAAUGUUCGUGUCAUAUAUAUACAGCCAGGAACCAAAGCAACUUCAAGUUAGCAAAUCAGUCAACGGAUCAAUGUUCGCCCAGCUUACCAGACAGUAUGUGGAAGCUCUUGCAAAGAGUGAUGUGCCUGAUGUUGACAAAGCAUUUUUAGCAGUUGCCAAAUUAGAAAAUGAAAGAGUGAAGAAGGAAUGUCUAUCUAUGUUUCAAUUGCGCAUGGACCGUAUACUGUUGCCCAUUCCAGCAACUAUUUUGCAUGCGCAUUAUUUAAAAGCCCGGAGGUCUGCACUUAUAUACAUGGGCGAAAAUGCUGUCGAAGAUGUUGCCAAUGUCGUCGAAAUAUAUACCGAGAAGGAACUGGACCUAAUCUGGCAGAAAAUGCAAUGUAAAAACAAUAAAGAAAUAGAGGAACAUUGUUCAACAGAACUUUCAAGUUUGAAGUCUCUCAGUGGUUUGAAAACAGGAUUGCAAAACCAGACUUAUGAAGUACCCAGGGGCUAUAGGAAAUUCAGACGAGACGUCGACAUGAUCAGGCAAAAAUAUGAGCAAGUUCUUCGGGAGUAUGCGCAGGGAGAGAUAACAAUGAUUUGGAAUGAUUUUGAAAAUGGGCUUGGUAUGGAGACGAUUCAAAUUCUUAAAAAUGACCCAGCACUUUCCGAAGAAGAAAAACAAAGAGAAAAAAAAGAGGCGCUAGAUAAGCAGCAAAAUGAGCUUAAUGCAGAACGUCAAAAGCGAGAAAGAGAUCAAGAAAACCAAAUAAAAACGAUGCAGUUAAAGGUAGCGUCUCUUGAAAAAAAUCAGGAAGAGCUUAAUAGAAUACUUGAUCAAAUAAAUGAUUUAAAUGAAAAGAGAAGAAUUCACUGGGAAGAAGAAAACCAACUGUUAAAAAAUGAGGUGAAACAUUUUGCUGAAUGGAUAGCUGCACUGGAGAAAAAAGAAGAGAAACGAAAAGCGAAUGGUUUUCAUGCAAGUAUUUUGGAUGCCAUCUUUAACAACUAAAAAUAUCACAGCAAUUCCAGUGUGAAAAUGCAUGCAUAAUAUACGAGCAAACAUAUGUAUUACACAAUUAAACUACAGUAAAUACAGAAGAUCGGAAGAAAGUCAAAUUAAGAAAUAUGCUAAAAAAGACAAGAAUAACUUUUGAAUAUAUAAAAGAAAAUGAUAAAAACUAAAAAAAGCCAUCCACCACUUAAAAUGAUUGUAUAAUCAAGUCAGCACAGGCUUCACUGUCCAGUCCCCAAUUCGUUUCGGGAACAAUUAAAGUCUAAAUCUUAUUAUUUAUUUCAAAAGCCUUCUCAGUGAGAGAACGCUGUCUUGGUUGAACCUUAUACUGUACAUAAUUAUUUGUGCGCAUAUGAUAGCGAUUUCCAUGUAAACGACUUUACUUUGUCUAAAGUAGGAACUAUUAUUAAUCUUGUAAACUAUGAUAAAAACUGUGGGUUUAUUGAAGAUGCACUCUUACUCCCAAAUACCAUUUACCACGAUUAAUAUAAUUGUUUCAUUAUACCAAAAAGAUGGAUACAUGUCGAAAACGAUUGCUUUUAUUAAGGAUUUUGUGGGUUUUUUUGAAAGAAAGAUGCAGAAAACACGAUACAUCUACCUUUUGAGACUAUAAUAGAUCACGGUAAAUAUUUUAGCAUUCACCAAUCAUUUAAUAUUUUUGCGUUUUCAGCUAUUAAUUACACGGUUACAAUAUUGUUAUAAGUAAUUAAUAUUUUCCAUAAAUGCAUUAUUUAGUAACUAGUUUAAGGUUUAUCACUCAAAAUUAAUGUUUGUUAUAUAUGUGUAUGUAUAUAUUUUGAAUGAGAGUGUCACUUUAAUAUAUUUACUUUGAGAUAGAACCAUUUGUAUUGCUUUUCAUCAAUUUGAUUUUGUCAAUGGGAAUUUUUCCAGAUUCUUAAGGGCAAAGUGAAAUAUGUCCAGUUAGAUAAUAUAUCAAAUAUCAUCAAAAGCUAAUAUCAUGAAUACAAUACGUCUGUUUUUCAUUAAUGAACGGCUUUACGAAUGAGCUGAAUAUCAAUAAAUUUAACGAUAGUCAAGCUGGGUUUUGUUGUAACCAUUUGUCAGUCAUUAGUAUGGUUUGUCUACAAUCUAUAGAAAAAAGACUCUGCGUAAACGUUAAUUUUUGUAAGACUUCUGACAAACUUAACAGCGACAAACUAUUUCAAACACUCGGAAUAGAUGGUAAUUAAUUACAAGUUUCUUCCAUCCAUGUAUUUCAAUCUAGAUUCAUAAGUUAAGACACCAAAUAGUGCAACAAGUACAAUACAGGUGAUGAGUCAAGUUCGACAAUAUGUGUCCAAUUUAUUAAGGAGUUUUCUGCUCUUUUCAUGGAUAAUUGUGUUUCUUGAAUCUUUAUAUAACGCAUGAAAUACCAGAUAGUAUAUGCCUAAUGUUUACAGAUGACGUAGAUAGUGUGCAUACAUAGCUUCUAAAUGACCAAUUAAUUGUAAUAGAUAAAUUGUGGUUAUGUCAACCACGAGAAGACUGAAAUAAAAAAAGAAAUGCCUCAAAUGGUAGCCCUUUACAUUAGUAUGUUAAUUGGUAUUUUGUUGUAUAAAUAAUGUCCUUGCAGUGUUCUUGUCGGAAUGAUGGUUAUGUAAAUAAAAGUCCUAAUAUGUGUAUGAUGUAACUUAUACUAUGUUAUUGGUCUGAAAUCUGGGGUUGUUGAAUUUGUCCUUCCUAAGUAUAUUAAAUAUGUACAGAUGUGUUUUUGCAGGAAACCCCUUAAUGUAAAUAAAUGUUCUUCUGCAUGUAUGAAGAGCGUGAAAGAUUACAAUGUGUGUGUCAUAUUUUUUUCUUAUUUUGUUAAUAGUAUGAUUUAGUUUUGUGAUUUGUUUCUAUUGCAUUUGAACCUAAACAAUGUUACUUAAUGCUGAAAACUUUAAAUAAAGUUGGGUGAAAUUGUUGGGUUAUGUUAGUUUGUUAAAUGAAGAACAUUACCUUUUACUAGCAUAAGAUAAAAUUUUGUAACUUUCGAUGUUCUAAUCAUAAUUACGAAUUGAGAGUGUCCGCAAUAGAUGCUCAUGCGUAUUGUUUACAAUAUUGUAACGUUUUUUUUCUGUUUAGGCAGAGUGCAGUAUUUAUAUGUAUCGAAUUGAUGCAUAAUAAUGUAUGGACACUAUGCUAAAUUAUGGUAUUCUGUUGGCAAAUGAUUGUAUAAAACAUUUAUAAUUUAAGAACAUUAGUCAUAUUUGUUAAAUAUGAUACAUAUGGCACUUCUGUUCAUGUAUUGUUUUAAUUUGUAUAAUAUGUAUUUUGGACAGGCGACCUUUCAAUUACCAAUUAAACAACUGAUUGUACUUGAUUUGACCUUAUAAAUUUACAUUUUACUGACCGUUCCAAGGCGGUAUUUAACAAUUCUUGACAAACAUACCUAGUUUUUUUAUGUAUAUAGUAUGUAUGCACUGUGCUGUUUGUGGAGUUUUGUGCUGUUCUUUCAUGUUACUUGUUUGUGAUUUUAUGUUCUAUGUCUUUGGCGUUUACCCAGUGCCAUUAAACCAGGUUUAUGUUUAAACUUUUUGCUACUAAGCUUGUUUCUUUAGCUUUUUGCAUAAUUAUUGACCUGGCUCAUAAUAUACAAUGCAAUGUAUAGUAACGAGAAAAUCUCGGAAUGCUUGGUGAAGGGAUUUAUUGCGCCUAUAUCUAAAAGCUGCAUUCAUGAAUUUGCGAAAAGCUAUAGACGAGUAAUAUUGGUAAACAUUCUUCAAGAUUUUCCACUUUCAAGUAAACUUUCAAACUGGGCUUUAGAAAAAAACAACCAUAAUUGAUAAGCAAAUUCGACCCCGAAAGAUAAAAUCAACGAUUAACAAAAGUAUAUUUACGGAGCAUUGGUAUGUGUUUGAAGACGAAUUUGAUUUCUAUCUAGAAUGUAGUCUAUACGCUGAUAUAAUUUAUAAAUAGUGUUCGUUUACAAUGCAUUUUGAGUUAGAUCAGUUGACAUAUAUGCUUCUUUAUAAUUGUAUGAAUAUCGUUUGUCUAUUCAUAUAAAUUCGUGUAACGUUUUUGAUACUGUAGAUUUUUUUUCUUGAUUUAUAUAAUUAUCAAGUAUGAAAGAUAACAUCAUAUAAUAGUUUGAUUUACUUAUCUUAUGCAGCUGCUGUAUAGCUCAUAUGACAUUGAGUCUUAUUGUUUGUUAAUUGUUAAAUUUUGUAAUACAUAUGUUUCGAAUAACUUGAAAUCCCUACAGAUGUAUUUUAUAUGUUUUUACAGGGACCAUGUCCUUCUAGAUGUUUUGUAAAUUAGUCUUGAACCAAUCUUGAAUCUUAUAACACAAACAUUAUCACAGAACAAAAUUGUACGUCACAUUUUAAGAUUGGAAAAAAAAACGUUCUAUAAAAUUAACGGAUAAAAAACAUAACAAAAAUUAUUGUAGAAUAAUGUAACCUAAGAAAGGAUUAUGGCCUUUUAAUAUAAUAAUCUUGUAUUUGAGCAUUUGAUAUUAAAUAAAUAGAAGGUAUAUGUUCAAUAUAUAUAUAGGCGUUAAUAGAGUGAUACUUCUAGGCCACACACAAUUAAGUUUCUUUCCCCUGUCAAUUAGUUUUUGUUAAAAGCUGCAAUUUAAAUGAUUAGAAUCAUACUAUUGAGCGACUUUUUAUGAUUUUAUAGUAUUGUUUUGUAUAAAGAUGUUAUCGAGGCGUGGAAUUUUAUCAAUAAAAACAGUUUGAAAUUAG